AUGAACGACCUCCUCACUGUUCUCAUGAACUAUUUCAUCAUUGUUCUCAUGAACGACCUCCUCACUGUUCUCAUGAACUAUUUCAUCAUUGUUCUCAUGAACGACCUCCUCACUGUUCUCAUGAACUAUUUCAACACUGUUCUCAUGAACGACCUCCUCACUGUUCUCAUGAACUAUUUCAACACUGUUCUCAUGUAUGACCUCCUCACUGUUCUCAUGAACUAUUUCACACUGUUCUCAUGUAUGACCUCCUCACUGUUCUCAUGA